UUUUGCUCAUUUCUAUUCACAUAUUUGUUUGCAAAGCAAAUCUUAACGCAAAUCUUUCAAACAUGAAAGCAGUCGCACUCAUCGUUUUUGGAUUAAUCGCUUGCGCGAGCGCUGGUAUCCUCAGCCCAUAUGUGGGAUAUUCCGGCUAUUACGCGGCGCCGACAGUCGUGUCCCGCACUUACACCUCACACCCGGUUGUGUCGCGCGCUUACGCCGCUCCGUACGUGUCGUCCUAUGUCUCGCCGUAUGUCUCCUCGCCGUACGUGUCAUCGUAUGUGUCGUCACCGUAUGUCAGAAGCUAUGUGUCGGCGCCAUACGUGGCCGCACCCGUCGCUUAUAGCUCGGGCUAUUCCUACUCGCCGUACGCCGCCUAUAAUUAUCUCCUCAAGAAAUAAAUGACCACAAAAUGAAUGUUAACUUUGAUUCUCGACACGAUAUUUGACUCUUUUAUUGAUAAGCUUUAGGCUUUCAAUUUGAAAA